GCCUUAUAUCAGGGUUGGGAAAGAGGAAGCUUUUUUUCCUUCUACCCUUGCUGCGGCUUUUGUUAUAGUCAAGCUAAAAUGGCGGCGGUGCAAGCAAAGAGUGGUAUUCUCCUCAGUGCGUUGUGUCCGAAGUUUCUGCAUACAAACUCUACUAGUCACACAUGGCCAUUCAGUGCUGUGGCUGAACUCAUAGAUAAUGCUUAUGAUCCAGAUGUGAAUGCAAAACAGAUGUGGAUUGACAAAACUGUUAUAAAUGAUUGUACGUGUUUGACAUUCAUGGACAACGGAAAUGGUAUGAAUGCAGACAAGCUACAUAAGAUGUUAAGCUUUGGCUUUAGUGACAAAGUUACAAUGAACGGUCAUGUCCCUGUUGGAUUGUACGGAAAUGGAUUUAAAUCAGGAUCAAUGCGCCUUGGGAAAGAUGCAAUUGUGUUCACAAAAAAUGAAGAUACCAUGAGCGUGGGCAUGUUGUCACAGACCUUUUUGGCAGUUACAAAAGCAGAGCAUGUGAUUGUUCCCAUAAUAUCAUUCAACAAGAAACGGCAAGUAAUGAAUCCCGAGGAAUCAGCAGCCAGCUUGAAGGCUAUCCUGGCACACUCCUUGUUUUCUACUGAAAAGGAGCUUCUUGCAGAGCUGGAUGCCAUCAUAGGAAAAAAAGGAACAAGAAUCAUCAUUUGGAACCUUCGAAGAGAGAAAAACGAACAAACAGAAUUUGAUUUUGAUACAGAUAAAUACGAUAUUAGAAUUCCUGCAGAUUUAGAUGAAGUAACAGGAAAAAGGGGUUAUAAAAAGCAAGAGAGACAAGACCAAAUUGUUCCUGAAAGUGACUAUUCGUUACGGGCUUAUUGCAGUAUUUUGUAUUUGAAGCCAAGAAUGCAAAUCAUUAUAAGAGGACAAAAAGUGCAAACACAGCUGGUUUCCAAAAGCCUUGCCUAUAUAGAACGGGAUGUUUAUAGGCCAAAAUUUUUGGCUCCGAAAACUGUGAGAAUUACUUUUGGAUUCAAUUGCCGAAAUAAUGACCAUUAUGGAAUGAUGAUGUACCAUAGAAACAGACUAAUUAAGGCUUAUGAAAGAGUUGGUUGUCAGCAAAAGGCAAAUAACAUGGGUGUAGGUGUAAUUGGGAUUAUAGAAUGCAACUUCCUAAAGCCAACCCAUAAUAAACAAGAUUUUGAUUAUACACAUGAAUACAGGCUUACAAUCCAUGCACUGGGUGAGAAGCUUAAUGAUUACUGGAAUGAGAUGCAAGCAAAGAAAAAAGAUUAUCCUCUAGAAGUGCUAGUUGAAGAUAUCCAGAAACGGCCUGAUCAGACCUGGGUUCAGUGUGAUACAUGUCUAAAAUGGAGGAAGCUUCCAGAUGGAAUAGAUCACUUGCCAGAGAAGUGGCAUUGUUCAUAUAACCCUGAUCCUCAGUUCAGAAAUUGUAAUGUGCCUGAAGAACCUGAAGAUGAUGAUUUAAUACCAUAUGAAAAAACAUUUAAGAAAAAAGACAGGGAGAAAUUAAAGAAAAGACUGGAGAUGAGCCAACAGAUGUAUAAUGAAAUGUUUAUACAAACGUCUUCUGCUUUGUCCAGUAUGUCACCAGCAACAAGCGAAAGUGUUUCAAGAUUGCAUGUAGAGACUUCAAAUACUUCUCUUACAAGAUCAUGUAGCACAUCAAAUAAUAUGUCAGUAUCUUCACCUCAUUCUGAUGCUGAAAACAGUUUUAAACGAAAGCGUUCAGAGCCUAUGGCACAGCUGCCUUAUAAGAUCACUCGGAUGAAUAGCCACACAUUUCAGCAUAAUAACAAGGAUGAUCCUGAUGAUGAUGUCAUCAUCUUGGAAGAGAAGUGUACUCCAAAGCCUUCAGGAACAGAUUGUGAUAUCACAAUAGUAAAAGUUGAGGGUGGUGUUGUGGAUAUUAUGGAUCAUAUUGAUCUUCAGGAAGAAAGCUCCAAGAACAAAGAUGCUAGUUCAGAAGCUAAAUGUUCUAAAGGAAAUGCAGCAACACAAACUGAAAAGGAGCAACUUGUGGUUAAGAAGGAAGAAAUGGACAAUACAAAUGAUCAGCUGUCUAGAUUAGAACCUGAACUUACUCUAUUAGAACCUGCUAAUGUCUUAGAUACUGCUCCUAUGGAUGUUGACUUCAGGAUAAAUGAACUAAGAAUUCAGCUGCAGUUGGCAAAUGAAGAAAAAGAAAAAUACCAGCAGCAGUGUGAUAUACUGUUCAAGCAGUUAAAGAUAGUAGAACAGAAAAUAACUGAAAUGAAUGAUAAAAGUGUGAAAAAGGAAAUGUGCAAUCAAACAACAGAAACAGAUAUUGUGGUACCAGAUGAACUAGUAAAAAUUAAAGGAAAAAGUUCAGAAGAGAUACUGAUUCUCUACGAACAGACAUUACAGGAGAUGAGGAGACUGAAAGAACAAUGCAAUACUCUCCAGAGUUUAAAAUCUGAGUGCUGUAAAUGUAGUAACAAUGAGAAUAAAAGUGAAGUGGAUGAUAUGGCUGUGCAACUUGAUGAUGUUUUCAGACAACUGGAUAAAUGCAGUAUUGAAAGAGACCAAUAUAAAAGUGAGAUUGAAUUACUAGAAAUGGAAAAAACUCAGCUGGGUUUUCAGUGUGAAGAGCUUAAAGCAGAAGUUGCACAACUAAAAGCUUCAAUGCCACAUGCAAACGAUUCCGUAGCCAGUAAUCUUGAAGAUUCUGUCAGUUAUUCUGAUGGGGAAAGCCUGAAACUGAGAUCCCUUCGAGUUAAUGUGGGACAGUUGCUGGCGACCAUAAUGCCUGAUCUUGAUCUGCAACAAAUGAAUUACAACGUUGAUGUGGUUGAUGAAAUCCUAGGACAAGUUGUAGAGCAUAUGCAUGAGAUUAGCAGUACUUAAUUUAUCCUUCAUUCAUAACUUACAUUGCUCUGUGUUCUGUUUUAUUAUAGAAAAUUCCCAAUGUAUAAAAAUUGAGUGUUGGUUUUAUUUAAAGCAUAAUGUGAAUGUUUCAUGUGUCUCCACAGAGAAGAAUUGUGUUACCACUCUGGAAUUUAAAACAUUUUUAACAGUUGCUUUUAACUUUUAUAAUCUAUUCAAAAGUUGUUUACCUUUUUCAGUUUUGAUUUUUAAAAAGAACCCUGACAAUAGUGGCAAGUAAUAUUUCUCCAACGUAGUGUUUUUACAGUGGCCUGCAAGUAUUUCUGAUCCUUGAUACUGAUUAUGUAUUGUAUACUGAUAAAAGUAUUGCAAAAUGUUUUAUUAAACUAAUUAAGAUAUCAAAGAUGCAUUAAUUUUUAUGCUUAGUUUUUAUAAUGAAUUCAAAAGUGACCACAGAUGCAGUCAUAUACCUAUUAUUUUUCCACUGAAAUGGUGCACUGAUAUUGUUUAAGAUUAGGUAGCUGAUUGUGUUAUGCUGAUCAAUGUUGCAAAACAAUAGUUUCGGUAUAUGUUUAAUAAUGUAUAUCAACAUAUGUUCAUAUGGUUUGAAGGAGUUAUUUUUCACACUUUUCUAAUUUUAUAUUUUAAUUUUUUUUUCAUUACUCACCUUAUACUUCAAUACAUGAAUGUACUGUAAAAUCUGGGUAAAAUAAAUCAUGGCUGUAUGGAGACUAUAACUUAAAUUUAUACUGUACGUUUACACUUUGAAGAAAAGUGAAUAAAUGGAAAAAAAAGUUUUUUAUUUACAUGAAAUGAGAAAUGUAUAUUUUGUACUAAAUGGGAGAAAAAAAUGCAUUCUGGUUUGGAUGACUAGGAAAAAUUAUAGCUAGAUAAAUGCAAAACUUAAUAAAAAAAAUACCUGCUUAA